AUGGAGACCAAACAGACUGAGGAUGAGAAUGAAGUUACUCAAAAGGAGAUGGGUUUUCAGCAUGGUGAAUGUUGGUCGACGGACACUUCUGGAGGAGGUCGAGCUGGUGGUUUGUGUAUAUGGUGGGUGGAAGAAGUUAACUUGACGGUUAUGUCUUCAUCGCUACAUCAUCUGGAUACAAAGAUAGAGGAAGUUAAAGAAGUUACUUGGAUAUUUACCGGUAUCUAUGGCUGGCCGGAGAGGGAGGACAAAUUUCAGACAUGGGAUCUUAUUUGCAGGCUGGCGGGACAAUGGACUGGGCCUUGGCUGAGUGGGGGAUGGGGGACUUUAACCAAGUUCUGUCGGCCAGUGAGCAGAGUGGGGGACGAGCUACUGUGA